AUGGCCAUGGCUCAGUUAGCUGAAAACCUCACAGAAGAGCUGACCUGCUCGAUUUGCAAGGACUACUUCAAGUACCCAGUGACCUUGAGCUGUGGCCAUAGCUUUUGCCGCUCCUGCCUCCUCAAGAACUGGGGAGCAGUUGACCAACCUUGCCCUUGUCCUGAGUGCCAAAGAACCUUCCAGUUGAGAGACUUCGAGUACAAUCACAAUCUAGAAAAGUUGGCCAACAUGGCCGGGCACAUCCAACCCCACUUGCUGAAGAUUAAAGAGGAAAGUACUUUAUGUAGCAGACACCAGGCAGAGCAAAAUCUGUUCUGUGAGGAGGACCAAACUCUCCUUUGUGCAUUUUGCUUUCAAACUCCAGAGCACAGAAGGCAUACAGUACAACCUCUAGAAAAGGCUGCAGAGGAUUCUAGGGAAAGGGGCCAAGUUCAGAGGGAAAGUCUGAGGGCUGAAUAUAAAAGAUGCCACGAAUUGCUGGUGGACGAAGAGCAGAAUCAUCUUCGCUUGGUGACCAGGAAGGAAUAUGAUCAUCUGAAGUAUAUAAGAGAAAAUGGGACCAGACUUUCCAAGUACCUUCAAAGCUUGAGAGAAGCAAUUGUGCUCAUAGAACAAAAUUAUCAGAAACCCAAUGUCCAGCUUCUGCAGGUGGCAGAAAAUAUACUGACCAGGUGUGAAUCACUCUUGGAUUCCUGUCCAGAAACUGUCACCAUUCCAAGGAUGUUCUUUUCUUAUACUAUGAUGUGUGAUAUGCUGACAAACUUCAAAGCUAAACUUCUCAACUUCUUGUUCUUUUUUUCAGAGAAUGUGACCCUGGAUUCUGAAAGUGCCUGUCCAUAUCUCAUUGUGUCAGAUAAUCGGAAAAGUGUUGUACAUGGAGGCUACCAACAGAUUGUAACUUUCACACCUGACCGAUUUAAAGAGAGCAUCAUUUUGGGGACUCAAGUCUUUCAAUCUGGAAUCCACUACUGGGAAGUUGAUGUGGGAGACAGUAGGCAAUGGACAGUUGGUGUAUGUAAGGAAUCAUUGAGGAGAGAUGAUGUCCCCUCUGCUGAGGAUGUAUUCCUUCUUUCAUGUAUUAGGAAUGGAAAUCAGUAUACUAUCAUGACUACUCCUCCCAACUUCACUCAUGAUGUUCAUGGUCCUAUCUUCAGCAUUGGGAUUUUGCUGAACUGUGAUGAAGGGUCUGUCUCAUUUUAUGAUACCUUCAAGAAAUGCUUCAUGUAUCAGUUCCCUCACAUCCCCUCCCCUGCACAUCUUCGACCCUUCUUUUCUCCUUGUCCUCCAAUAAAGGAAGAGAGUGGAAUUCCAAUGACCCUCAAGUAUACUUGAAAUAGCUUUUUUUCCAGACCAUUCC